CAAUCACCGUUUCACUCCAGAGGACACUUGUUCUAAAUCUCCCAAAUCUGAUUUGAAUUCAAAACGAUAUCAUCAGGACAAAAUCGAUAAUUUCAUUGGAGUAUCCUUCAUAGGCCACAGCUGACAGCUCCAACAACUCUUCGCAAUGGGAGACCCCAACCACCACGAGAACCACGACGCACCUACUCAAGGGAGCGGGACAACACGCGCCAUCAUCAGCGUCGUUGACCACAACCUUCCUUAUGACGACUACAACCUUUACGACGUCAUCUUCCACACCCACACCAUCCACACUCUCCUCACCACGUCUCCCUCCCUCGUCGACACCUGGCUCUCCGACACCCUCAACCACCACCACUCCUCCACCACCACCACUGUCCUUGUCGGCCUCGACAUCGAGUGGCGUCCCAACACCCACCGCAACUCCGACAACCCAGUCGCCACUCUCCAGCUCUGCAUCGGCAACCGCUGCCUUAUCUUCCAGAUCCUCCACUCUCCCUCGGUUCCGCAGUCUCUCGUUGACUUUCUCGUCAACGAGGGACACACAUUCCUCGGCGUGGGGAUCGAAGAGGACGUGGAGAAGCUUCUGGAAGACUACAACCUCAACGUGAAGAAUUUCGUUGACCUGAGGGGUUUGGCAGAGAGCGUACUGGGUGAGAGUGAGAUGAAAAGAGCGGGCCUGAAGAGGCUCGUGGAGAGGGUGCUCGGAUUGGAGAUCGAGAAGCCUAAGAGGGUCAGUCGGAGCCGCUGGGAUAACGCGUGGCUCACGGCGGAACAGGUUCAAUACGCUUGCGUUGAUGCUUUCGUGUCGUUCGAGGUUGGGAGAAUGCUGUAUGGUUCUGGAAAUUGAAAACGGCUUUUGAUUUUUGAUUUUUGGAAUCUGUUUCUUCUUGGUAUUAAUUGGUUGUUGUGGUCAGCGCCCAGCUGGUUAAUUUCUCUUGCAAUUUAGAGAUCUAUCUACUGUGGUUUGUUCUUUUCUUUUUCAAUCUAAGAAUUUAUGGCUAUGAUAAAUUUCUAGUUGUUGUUUA